AUGGGGUUGGUCACACGAGUGGGUCCCGAGGCCCCGCAGCUCAGGGCGGUGCACCCACGACCCAAGGGCUCGCCCGACGCCCCCCCCCUGGGCCAAUCAAGCCGAGCAAACAGUCCACGGGUUGGCGGUAACCCGCAGGCUGCAGCCCAACCCAACCCCGAAGUGAGUCAAAACCGCUCCGGCUCCAGGUUGCCCCAAGGGCGGAGCGAACAGAAAGAGAGAGAGGAAGACAGAAAUGAAAAUAAUGGUGCCAACGCAAAGGUCGGGAAGCUGGACGAUGAUGCCAGAACCCAUAUCGUUUGGCAGGGCAUUCCCCCAACUACAGGUGAUCCGAUAUCGGCCCAUGUAUAUCCAUUAACUAUGGUUCAAGCUGCGAGGGGGAGAGAAAGUAUCGCGCAACCCCACGAGAAGCGUGAGACAGAUGAAGUCAAAGAGCCGUCGUUGGAUGAGAAAUUCUAG